GUCGGUCGGUAGGCUACACCGGCAGAAGGCUCCACGGCGGGAGAAAGACAUCACCUCACGGCUAUUUUUCAUUGACCAGCGAAGGGCCGGCAGAUAGAGGAACAGUAGACAAGGCGAGCACGGGGAGAGAGGAUAAUUGCAUUUCAGGCUGCCCUGUGGGAACAUGGGAUAUAUGACCUCAUCAUUCACCUGCGAGGCUCUCAAGUAAACAACUCCAGAUAGAAGGAUGACGGAAGUGGUCGUAGGGAGUACGGAUGUCCUCCUAGAACCCUGCCAUUUGCCGUCAUGUGACGUCACCAGCUGCUUCUCCCCUCCACCGUGUCUCUCCCUCUGCAGCGAUCUGAAGGAGGAUGACUGUAAGAAGCUGGAGCAGCAGAAACACUGUAACCAGGUGCAACCAAAGAAAAAAGUUAAGCCCAAAGGAAAGUUGGUGCGCAGUAUGGCUGUCUGCGAGGACUCCUCCCCACAUGAAGACAUCCAGGCAUCUCCAGACGCAAACCUCUCAUCUAGCUGCCAUGACAACGACAGAACUUCCUGUAAGGAAGACGAGCAGGAGAAGAGCAUGGAUCCAAAGAAACAUGCACUGUCCAAAGAGUCCAGCGUGGAGUACACCGACUCCACCGGCAUAGAUCUGCACCAGUUCAUCGUUGACACCCUCAACAGCAACCCCCGAGACCGCAUGAUGCUGCUCAAACUGGAGCAGGACAUGAUCGACUUCAUCACCAGCAAUAGUCCCUUUAAGAAGUUCCCUCACAUGUCAUCCUACCACCGUAUGUUGGUCCAUCGGGUGGCAGCCUACUUUGGCAUGGAGCACAAUGUAGACCAGACAGGAAAGUCUGUCAUCAUCAACAGGACCAGCAGCACACGCAUACCAGAGCAGCGUUUUCUGGAUCAGGUGCAUAAGGACAAGACGGAAGAGAUCCACCGGUGGAAAAUUAUUUUGAAGCGAGACAGUAGCCUAGAUGACCAGACCCGACUCCACCCGUUACAGGAGAAACAAAGCAAGUCAAUGGAAGAGAAAGAGGAGGAGUACCAAAGAGUACGAGAUCGAAUCUUCAACCAAGAGCCACUCUGCACCCAGGAGAGCGCCCACGCAGAAACCAGGACUGUGGACAAUCCAUAUGCUGAGACCCAGAGGAGACGGCAGCUCUUCAGGGGGAGUCGUGACAGCUCAGGCUCCAGCUGGACAGGCAGCAGCAGGCAGAGUAGCACGGAGACAGACUGUCGCUACAGCAACGACCCCCGACCUUGGAGCAGCACCGACUCCUCCGAUUCCUCCUACCAGUGGACGAAUCCCGCCCCUAAACCCCUCCAAUCUGUCAACCACAGCUGGGAUGCACGAGCUACAGGCUCCAUCUCUCUUUUUAGAGUGUCAUCCACUUGUCCCCACCCGUCCUCUCCUCCCAUCAUAGAAGAGCCUGCUCCAAACCCGGCUUACAUCAUGGAGAAUGGGAUCCCACCCGGAAGCAUACUGAUGAACCCACAUACUGGACAGCCUUUCCUAAACCCUGAUGGAACCCCGGCUGUGUACAACCCUCCUGACAGUCAGCAGCCAAUCAGAAGCCAGUCUCAGCUGCAAGGCGCUUCCUCUCAGCAGCAGCAACAGCAGCAGCAGGUGCUUCAGUACUCGUCUGUCUCUUACUCUGCUCCACAGAUGAUCCCUGUCACUCCCUCACAGCCAUACACCACACAGAUUGAAGACCUCUCCUCGCAGUUCGCUCAUGUGACCGUGAGCUGUCAGUCACCGGCAGAAGCCCCACCCAUCUACCCUCCCAGUCAGGGUUACAUCUAUGCAGCUCCCCCCCCCCCUCCUCCCCCUCCCAACCCCUCCAGCUACUGCCAGCCUUCAUCUCAGAUGCCUGUGUAUUACUACAGCCAGUACCCUACCUCAGCUCAGCACCCAUGCAGGGCUGUCUCACCCAGCCAGCACACCCACAGCCAAGGAGCACAACCAACAGCAGGUUAUGCCCCUGCUGUGGGGGUCCAGCAGUCUUCCCACACCCAGGCCCAGACUGUGCUGGGGACCUACUCACCAAUGGCUUCUCAUCAGUGUAGCAUGGUUCAGGGAGGCGUUUCAGUGUCCUAUCCCCAAAGUAAACUUGUGAGCGGUGUCGGCGGGGAGGUGGGUUACUGUUGCGUGGCGCCCCCGCCCUCCCACCAUGGCAGCUGCCAUCCUCCCAGCUGCAGCAACCUCAACGCCCCGGCCUGGAACGCACAGUACUGACGAUGCACCGAGCCUCCUCAGUGGAUGGAGUGAUGAUGAUGAUGAUGAUGAUACUUUUGGUUCCUGCGUGAAAUCACAUGCACAUACACACAUAUACACAUAACACACACACCUUUUUUCACACUCUCUCAUCCCCUCCUCACCUACACCUGCCUUCCUCGUGAUGACACCCACAUGGUGCAGCGUUCUCACACACGCACUCUCAUAUACAUAAACAUACCACUGUACCAAAGCUUAAUAGUAUAUAUCAGAGCUGCUGUAUUGAAUGCAUAAUUUAUAUUCACAAAUGGAGUUUUAUAUUGAUAUUAAAUUAUAUAUAUUGUGUUUUAAGGAAAUGCACUGUGUGAAUAGAAUAAAGUGCUGUGGCUGGACUGACGAGGUCACAUUUCUGUAUCA